AUGCAGGCGGGUUAUAAAUGGAAACAGCUCGGAAUUGAACUUCUAAAUUUUCAUUUAAACCUUGAUAAUGCAUGUUUUCGCGUUAAGGUCGGAUCAUUGUGCAUAUUCAACAUAUUUCUGUGCGAGUGUAGAGAAGAAAGUCAAUUCAAGAAAAUUUUCGAAAUUUGUGCAGAGUUGCUUGAAUCUACAGAAUACUGCAAAUUUUCGAUGUUGCUUAUCAAAUCAUUGAUAAUUAUCAACCGCAUUUCUAUUGAAGAACUCAAGAGUUGCGAGGAUUCCCUAAUGGAAAUCCUCGAAUGUGACAGCACCGAUGAUUGUUCUUACAAUUUAGCCGAAGAGCUAUUAACAUUCAUUGAUAAGAUAGGAGAAUAA